AUGAGGGCGUCUGCGAAGGUCUGGCUGCAGGAGCAAAGGAAGCGACGAAAUGCUUUGCCUCCCGAGGAGGAAGCACGGAUUCAGAGACUGAAGGAGCGCCUGCAACUCGGUGCCCCUCUUCAGCCGCAUGAAGUGCAGCAAAUAGGCAGGCGGAGCCAACCGACACCAGGCACUUCGCUUGCCACUGCCAGCCUGCCUGAGCAAAACGCUAUUCUGCUCGCCCGCCUCGACAACAUGGAGAAGCUGCUUCGUCACGGCGAGGAGGAGCGAAUACGGCUGCGCACCCAACUGCUGCAGGCAUCCGACGAAAAUCGCCGCUGUGCCAUGCAGCUCAUACACUCUGCUUUGGAGAGGCAUAAGGAGGAGUUGCUUUUAGAGGAGCAACUGUUCCGGGAAAGGCUGCUACGGCUUGAGAGCGAAACAAGACAAAAUAUCCUUUGGGAGGUGAACCGCCGCUCACGUGGCAGAAGUUGCAGGCGUGGCCCAAACAAUGAGCGAGUACAAAUAAAAACGAGACUCUUAUCAAGCCAACAGUUUUACACCUAA